CUACAGGCUUUUGAUAUUUCGCUCCUGGCUAGUAUAGCGAGUCACAUGACAUAUUGGGCCGACGAGGACGUUUCGCAUUUCAUGAUAUCGCAACUUUUGGCGAGGCAUCGUGUUUUCAAGCCGAAGGAGUGAGUGCUGUUUGAAGACUAGGCAGUAGAUUGACGAUAUACCCUGAAUAGAUUCCUGAUAUCUUCAUUGAGGGAUGCGUAGAUGUUAUAUGAGUACGAUGGAUCGAUCAGUACCGCUUUCUGAUCUUGUUAAGAAGUUGUUGCAUCGGAGUUAUGCAGCUCCUGCCGUAGAUCAUCCUGGAGACGACAGGUCAAUUCUUCACCCGGUGUUUGCUGCAAUGCGCGGACGUGCGUUUGCUAUGCUCGUAGUCUUCUUUGUUUGUUUUCCUUACCCAGAUAGGACAGUGUGCGCUUUCCUUACUUUCACGCCCAAGAAUUCGCAUUGGAAAGCGCGUCGCACAGACUUUUCGAGUACCUAUGAUCUCACUGACGGCGAACAAGGCAGUCGCGACAUCGACCCGCACAGCCGCCUCUACAUCCGCACCCUCAACGAUGGCCACUCCAAAGUCCGAUUCAGGGAUAAUACCUGCUACCGCUACCGCUACCGCCACUAUAUCUCCUUUCCUACGUCGCAUCACAACACGAGUUGUAGAUUUCCUCAUUCCCGAAAACAUCCGCCAAGAACAUCGCAGGAUCAUCGCGACUUUCGCCAAGUACAAAUAUGCAUUGAUCGCACUUGCUGCCAGCGCCAUCUUUGCUAUUGCAGAGUAUGAGCAGCCCGGGUACUUCCCUAGACCCCAGGAGUUAACUGCCGCUGUGAUCGGGUUUUUGUGUGCGAGCAUGCUCAUAUUCGCUGCGUUCGCGUUGAUGGAAUACACUGAGACGCACACCUGGCCUUGGGAAGACGAGAGCUUCGUGUGGCCUUGGCAGGCGCUGCUUUGGAGUGGAACCGCGUAUGUCGAUGAGACAAUGGGAGAGAGUGUGGCUGCAUAUCGCAAUACGAACAUGAUGGCGCCUUCAAUUCGAGUGGAUGGAGGUGACGACGCUGUGGAACAGGAUGAGACUACGUUCGGGGACAACAGCACCAGUUCCAUGGCUGCUUCUACACUCGGUUCUACUACUCCAGCUGGCUCGCCCGCCCGAGCCGAGAUCGUUAUCCCGCCUACGCCCUUGCUACCUGGCGGUCUUCGACCCAUUCAUCUUCCACCUCCGCCAGUACAUCAUUCCGGUCUUUUAGGAGAGUCACCGAUGCCGGUUAAGUUCAAACACUUCAGCGGGCAUUCCUAUCUGGAGAAUGUUGAUGAAGAGUAGCAUGGGACAGCCUGGAGGUAUACGCGGACGUUUGUAACGAAGAACGAGGGGGUCUUGAGAUGGCGCGAUGUACUCCAAUGGGUUGAAGGCUUGAAGAUGUCAAGGUUUGAAGUAGUUGAGAAUAUCAAGGUUAGGU